CGGCGGCGGCGGCGCUGGGCGGGCGAGACGCCGGGGCGGCCGGGGCGAGUGGCCGCCGACCUUCAGCCCCGCCGCCCCCCCCCUCCGCCGAGCCGAGCCGCCCGGGGAGAGACCAGGAAGGGUGAGCGCUUCGUUCUUGGAGCGAGGGUGCGCCCGGGCGUCCUCCCUGCGGUCCCGUUACGCAACGCCGGCCCCGCUCACGGGGAUCUCCCAGGUGUGUGAAUCAACCCGUUGUCACUGAAUCAUCGCUUUAAUCAUACAAACUUGACAAACAUUGUAUGCCAGCUUGUGUCAACAUCAGAGACAAGAAUUGGACUGCUGGCAUCCAGGUGCAGUCUUUGGGAGAGGAAAAUGCCUCUGGGGCAAGACUGAGGUGUUCCUGAUCAACCAGAUCUUUCUUUUUAAAAAGAAACUUUGGUGGGUAAAAGAUGUGCCAUGGAAUGGUAGCACCAAAGAGCAACACAGGAUCGUCCCUUGCAUUGACUAGCCAUGGGUUAUUUCUUCUGGUAGUUAUCUUUGAUACCUUUGUCUUGGAAGCACAGGCCACAGGUUCACUUGGCAAAUCCAGAGGACCUGCAUAUUGUCCCCAGCCACCGCAGCCUGAAAAUGGAGGCUAUAAAUGCCACCCCAGCCCCUGCAACAACCCUCUGACUGCGGGCACAGUCAUAGAGUAUAUGUGCAGUGAAGGUUACAUGCUGAAAGGAGAUUACAAAUACCUGACCUGCAAGAAUGGAGAGUGGAACCCAGCCAUGGAAGUCAGCUGCAGGCUUAGCCCGGAAAAGGACUCUCCCCCAACAAUUGGAGUUCCCACGCUGUCCAUAGUAGCCUCCACUGCAAGCUCCGUCGCCCUGAUUCUGCUCUUAGUUGUGCUGUUUGUUUUGCUGCAGCCAAAGCUGAAGUCGUUCCAUCAUAGCAGACGAGACCAAGGUGUGUCUGGAGAUCAGGUCUCUAUCAUGGUGGAUGGUGUCCAAGUGGCCUUGCCAUCCUAUGAAGAAGCGGUGUAUGGCAGCACAGGGAACUGCAUUCCACCCACAGACUCACGAGUGCAGAUCGUGCUCUCAGAGGGAGCUGGGCAGAAUGGAGCCAGAGAGACGCAGCAGCAGGACCAAGGGGCUUGCAAUAGCUUUGAAAGAGAAGAUGAAGCCCCCGGACAUUCUGGACUGUGUGAAGCCAGUGGCUCUCAGCGCUCUGAAACUGUUCUUGUGCAUCAGGCUGCUACCUCUUCCUGGGUAGCUGGCAUGGCUAGCAGUAGACCUGUUCACAAAGAGGUCCAAGAUUCAGAAAGCAGUGACGUACAGAGCCUUUUAUCACUCACUUCCUCUGAGGAAUACACAGACGAUAUUCCCUUAUUGAAGGAAGCAUGAGGCCUGCUGUGUUUGUCUAGCCUUCUCUCUCUUGGAUUUCUUCCUCCUCCCCCUGCCUUCGGGACAGAAGCACUCUGUGCAGCCUUCCCUGUCCUUGCGAGCUGUGCCCUGGAUUACCUCCAAGUAAAGAUGCCCUCAGCUGAAGAUCCAAAGGAUGUUGCCAGAUGUUGCCUCCUGGAUGCACCAGUGGAGUUGGUGCAGCGCUGGCUUCCCCAUUCCAUCUGCAUCAGGGGCUCAAGGAACAGAGUGGAUUUGAGCUCUCCUCCCUUCUUCCCCAGCCAGAUGUUUGACAGCAGUCUCUGAAGAGCUGCUCUUUUCUUGUGCCUUUCUCCUCCUCACACCGGCUUGUUGCAGCUUAUCAGCGCCUCUAGCCCUUCUGCUGCCCAGAAUAGCAGGGGUUAAAACUACUCGCUCACCGAGCGCAGGCACAGUUUAUAUAUGCGUAUAUAUGUUAUACAGCUCUUCUUCCAGCAUCCUUGUUGUGAUAGGGCAGGACAAAACGCCUCACUGGGACUGAAGCUGGGCUUGGGAGGGAUCCCGGUUAUGGCAGCUCAUGAUGCCUAGAAGCGCCUCAGAUGAGGUGAGCUGUGUGACAACUUGGCUGUGCAAUAACAGUUCAUGGAGAAUUGGUAGAGCACUAAAGGCUGAGAAGUCUGACAUGUAGGAAUGCCCUCUGCCCUCUUGUCAAAAACCAUCUCUGAAGGAGCCCAUUCCUGAAAAGUCACUCGUGUCCUCCUUCCUUCUCUACCUGUGCAGCCCACUUGGUUAUGCUGUGGUUCUAGAAGCUGGGACUGGGACUGUACCACUUUGGUCUGGUGCCAGAGCAUCUCCUGAUGUUAGGUUGUAGGAGAGCCUUGGAGAACGACCAGUGGUUAGCAGGGUCCAGAAAGCUUGGAGGAUGUGGCUUUCAGUUAACGAACCCUGUGAAACUAUGAGUUAACCCCACUCACUGAGGCAUCAGAACUGGAACCAAACUUGUGGCCCUGCUCUUCUGAAUAAGCUGUGUAUCUCAAACCUUAUUCAGUUAAGGUAGUUCUGCACUAAAGCUUGGGUUCCUUUUGAUCAGAUAUUUAGGCAGGGGUAGCGCUUUCCAGUUGUAAUCUGGAAGUGGUUCUGGUGUUUGAAAAUAUCAAGAGAAAAAAAUGCCUGUAGGUAAUGAAUGGCUGGUGCCAUUGGUACAAAUUUCCUUUCUAGCCACACUAGAUACCUUGGUACUUGAAUCCUGGGUAGUUACCAUCUCAGAGGCUAGUGUAUCUUCCUAGUUCCAUACAGCAAGAGUCUGCUGUUAAUCCUAAAGGGCUUCAGUGGGCCCCCAGAGAAGGGCGGCUUCUUUUUGGCUGAGUGUAAUCAUCAUUUAUAAAGUCUCUGCUCACUACAACACAGUUGCACGUUGCUGUGAUGGAAGGUCGACAGCAGUGCCAGAGGAUAUGAUAGCUUAUUCCUGAACCUAAGUUUGGAAGAUUUGUUCAAGUUAUGGCAGCAGGGAAAAGAAAAUCCAAAAAUACGUAUACCUCUGCCCGCACAGUUGCGUGAGGCAGAUCAGGAUAUCCUGAUUGCUGUUAACUGGAAGCCACAUUCAUCUGGGGUAGGUGAUUUAAUCACAAAAGCAUUGUGGUGGUUGUAAGGUUCUUAACCAGGAAGAUCUGGACAUGUGUUCCCUGGGAUUGGUUUCAGCAAGAAGAACUGGCUUCUUAGGUGUAUGUACCUUGUCGUAACUGUCUUGAAGUAACUAGGGAAAUGUUUGCCCUGUGAGAAGCUGCUAAAGUUUUGAGUUGAAGGAGCAAAAUAUCAUGGCCUUACACAUCAUAUGGUAAUGUGCAGGUAAAUAAGGAUGCUGUCUUUGCUGCUUUGCUUUAGAUAUAUGAUCUUCUCUAUCCUCACCCUUGUUGUUUCAGAAACAUACUGUCACAGCACUUGGUAAAAGUGACACAACAUCUUUAUGUAUAAAAUCACUGUAGCUUAGCUCCAGUUCCUGGAAAUGGGGAUUGGCCAUACUAUCCAGCCAUGUACGCGCUGCUUCUGUUCCUGAUUAGCUGUUAAGUCCCAGGACACCUGGGACAGUGCGUGCCUGUGGAUGGAAGAAUCCUAUUUUCCCCAUCCUUGAGGGAUGUUAUUACUUUACAAAAUACAGUAUUGUAAACUUCCUUCCCUAUUGCUCAUGUUACCUUGCAUUAACACAAGGAUCUGAUAAAUCCAAUUCAGGUAUUUUUUUGUUCAGUUUGGAUGAUGAAAAUCCCAUGUAGUUUUACAGUGAGCUGCAGUGACUCAGCUUCAAACACUGUGGAGGCAAAUGUUGUUUACUCAUCUGCUACUGGAAUUCCAGAAAAUAAUUGUGGGGAAGUUUGUAUUUUGUUAACUCCUACCUUGGAAAUAAUCUAAGCUUGAGCAAAUUAUCUCAUUCACUGCUUCUAUCAGGGCAGAUGGAAGGCAUUAAGAGAGUGUAGUGGUAAGACUGAGGGUGUGUGAAGGGAAGAGUAUGUGACUUCUUUUCUGCUACCUAACCAACUGAGAGCUGGAGGAGUUGCUUUUUACGCAUUUAAGGUCCUGUCUACUCAAACUGACCCUCAGCAACCAAGAUGUAGAAGUCGGGUACGUGCUGUCAUCCUGCAAGGGACAGUCCUUUAACUCAGUGUUAGCAUUGGGUAGGUGAAAUAAUUCUGUAACUCGGCUGGAAUCAGAUCCUGAGGCCUGACCUUGCCCUGGAUGGGCGCCUGCUCAGCCAGGUACCAUGUGGCGCUGCUUCCUCUCCCUGCUACUGUAUCAUAAGCAGCUGCCAGUUUGAGAGAGAAAAAUCAGUUUGGGUGGGGAAGAGAAGGGAGCAAGCUGCACAGAAGAAGGAGUGCUUUAACUUUGUCUCAUUUUUAGAAAUUCUGGGUAAUGGCGUUACUAAUAAGGGGGUGGAAAUGCGGAGGUGGAGAGAAAUGUGCAAGAGUAGAUCUUGUGAUCAGGCAUAAACAGGCAGCCUCUCUUGGCUUGCCAAGAAAGUAAACCAGCAGCUCCCAGGCCAGUCUCUUCUGUGCUGGCUGGUAACCCCAGGUGGUGCUUCCAGCGCUUGCAGAAGAGCCUGUUCCCUGCAGCAACACCUGUGGGAAUGGGCACCAGGGACCUGUGCAAGCCAGAACAUGAAAAACAAUUCGGGGGCAUCACAUUCCUCUCACCCACAUCCUCAGCUUUAUAGUUAAUUUUUAUAUAAAAUGAGGUGUAAUGGCUGGGGAGGAACCUGAGAGAUAUCUGUGUGACAAUUUUUUCAAGAGGGAGCGGGGAGCAAGGCCUCACUUUACUGAUAAUCAAGUCAUAGUUACUCAAGCACGUUCGUUAUAAUUCUGUGGAGGCUGAAAGGUCUGGGAGUCUUUUGGGCAGAGAUUUAGGAAAAACUAAAUUGCACUCAGUACUGUCUUUACCUGCGGAAGCAAGGGCUGAGGCUUAAAGAUCCCUCCGUUGUGAGCUCUGCUGUGUCUUGGGAGUAUUCAUUAUAUCUAAGCAAAGACUGUGUCCUGUUUAGCUGUUGCCAUAAGUGGAUGCUGCCCAGAUCUUCAGUGGGGCAGAUAGGGGAGCACAGGGGCUCAGCCUUGCAAGAUAUAACUCAGUAAAUUAUUGGGUUUUUUGUUUUACUUUCUUUUGCUGAUGAGGCCACAGCCUCCUUGCCUUUUAUUCCUACCUAUGUCUGGCAAAAGAAUUCAAGGGCGACAUUUCUUCUUAUUUAACACUCCCGACAUAACCAUCUUACAUUAUGUCAUACGUGCUGGAUCCUGUGAUAUUCAAGAAUAUGAAAAUGAUUUCAUUACAUCGGAAAAGUAAAAGUAGCACUUAUUUUAAAGGUUUCUGUUAUUUUUUUGGAGUCUGAUAGGUUAAAAAAUUAAAAGGGCAUUUCAGCAAUUCAAAGUACUAUGUGCAAUAGAAAAACCUCCUUGCUCUCUUUUGGUUGCGUAGGUUUAAAAAAAAAUAAAUGAACUGCAAGCUGCUGCAGUGUUUCCAGCCCAGGCAGUGCAGAGCUUGGAUCAGCCUGAGAGAACCAGACAUGAGGCUGACAGUAACCCCUGGGGAAGCAGAGCGCUCUCCUGUCAGGAUCUGCAUCAUGAAGCUCAGCUCAAAUGAUUGUGUCGGAGCCUCCUGCCACCUUGAGGGGCGUCAGCAGCAUUGGUGAGAGAGAAGUUUUGUGCAUUCUGGUUUUAAAUAGCUUGUACCUCUCCAUCAUUAAAAAAUGGAGUCGAGAGGAGAGAUGUGCUGCAGCAUGUGAGCCUGUGGAGUUGUUGCAGAGUUAAAACCUCAUGACUUUGAGAAAGAGAAGAGCUUAAUGCAUUUUUAACCUUUUCCUUAAGCACCAGGGAACUUGCUGUUUAGAAGAAUGCUUACUCGGCAGCAUGCUGCUUGUUGUUCACCCGUUGGACAUCUCCCCUGAGGUUUCUCCUGAGCCUUUCAGCUACAGUGUGGUGAUUCUUUUAAUGCAUUGGAGCCUGUAUUUGGCCUUUAGCACAUGGAGAAGUUGGAUGUGUUAGGAAGAAAUCUGUUCCACUUGCCUUGGGGGAGACAUCCUGAGAUGCUCCCAGAGAGGGGUAACUUGGGUCAGUAUUGAGGAAUGGAACUAAAAGAGCAACAGGCUCUGCCAUUGGAAAUAAUGUGAUGCCUAUGUCAUUUGCAGCACAGAAAAGGGAACACAAGGCCGGGGGGGGUAAGGAAAAGUUAUGACUGAAAACAGGUAAUGCCAGCUAAUGGGCUUAUGCAUUCAUGACUGGGUUGUAAGGAGGCUUGUGCUUUGGUUAGAUGAUUUAGCAGACACCAGCAGGCUUGCUGUAUAAAAAAUAUUAACGUUCAACUGGUUGGACACACUGAGAUUUCCUUGUUGACCUUUUUUGGAACAUUUUUGCAAAAUGUGGUUUUACUGUUCCGAUAGCAGUUCUUUAAAAAAAGAAAUAAUCUGCCUUAUUACUCUGUCCACAUAACUAAUUAAAUCAAUUUCACUUUCUGGUUUCUGUAUAUAAAUGCAAUAAAUCCCAUCCAUUUUGCACAUCCUGCCUCACCCUUCAGUCCUUACCAGGGAACUACAGGUUGAACUUGCUCUUUGUGAAAACCUUUGUUUGCAAAACUUCAUUAGAAAACGUUCAUGACACACCUUAAAAGUGCAGAGAGGUUUCCCAGAGCAGGCUUCAUUUUAAGGCAUAU